CAUCAACGUUCAGCACCUGCUCCGCGCUUCAGCUGCUGAUGAGGUCAAGAGCGAGCGUGGAAGGCCUUGAGUACUACUAGGUCACCUUGCAUCCAUGGCUGCGAUACUGACCUUGAAACUGUAGGUUGUAAAGGCUUGCAAACUGUUCCGGACAGUAUCUUUGCGACUUUCGGUCGCUCGUGCGAACAAAGCCAGAUUGACACGCCACUGCACAACAAAUCACCCAAAGCGCAUCGCUAAGGUGCCCAGGUGUCCCUAGUCAUCGGACUUUGUCUGCUCUUCAAAAAGGGACCCUCGACCCUUUCAUCUUCUGUAUGCUCCAGUCUCUGUCUAGAAACGCGUUUCGACCUUUCCAGGUCAAUUUUGCUCGCUGUCAAUGCUUCAAACCCAGUAAACGAGCUUUCAGCCAGUCGACUAGCCGCUUGCUACGUUCGAGACGGGCCAGUCAAAAGAUAGACGCUGCAUCAGAUCGGGCGACUACUCCGGACCUGAAUAGUCAUCGUUUGACCGAUAGCGCUUUGUACAGAUUACGCUCAUCCCGGUCUGAAUAUGAAAAGCAAUCGCGUGAAGAAGAUUCCUCCCAGUCUCGCCAUCAAGGCGAGCGCCAGGAGGAGUUCAAUGCAUGGGAGUCUGCUCAGACGCCGUAUCAGAGGCUUGACUACGUAAGAGAUCGCCGUCGCCGCACUGGCACUGUCAUUGCUAUGGGCUUCACGGCCAUCAAUGGCUACAUCUGGUAUCAAUGGUCCCUUGCUGAGCCGGAUAAAUUUGAAUCUAUGCGCGGUGGAUUCUCAAGGGCAACCUUCAAGGACAGAAAUACGCAAGCACUCCACACCUACUUGAUUGAAAACUUCACCUUGUCAGCGAAUAACUGGCAAGAGCAUCGCUGGCACACCAUAUUGUCCGCGGGGUUCAGUCAUCAAAGUCUCUGGCAUCUUUUAGCUAACACCGUUGGCGUUAUGAGUUUUUUCCCCAUCACUGCCAUGGGACUGGGCGUGCCUGUCGCUACCGUAUCCUACUUGGCAUGCAUUGUUGGUGGCAGUUUAUUGACACUCCACCGCAAAGGUGUGGAUGUCAUCGAAGACGUCAAGGAUGUCGUGACUGGUAAAGUUGAGUACGGCGUCUCGAACGAUCUAGCCUAUGGCACUAGCUUCCAAGACGAGCUCGCCCGGCUCGUUGGGUUCGAAGUGCCGAGUUGGUCAAUAGCUGAACAGAAACGGCGAAGCAAUGCUAAAUUCCAGAACGAUGUUCCUGGUUUGGGUGCAAGUGCAGGGGUUUGUGGACUCUUUACCAUCUCAACAAUGAUGGCGCCGACUGCCGGGGUCGCCGUCUUCUUCAUUCCCUUGCCGGCUUGGCUGGCUUGGUCUCUCCUGACGGGCGUCGAUACGCUGUGUACUUUUGAUGAAGAAUCACGUCAGAAACUUGCCGACAAGAUUGGCAUUAUGCUUGGACAUGAGGCUCAUCUUGGAGGUACGAUAACCGGUCUUUUGACAGCGGUGCUCUUUUUUGGGAGGCUGUUCCGCAGAUGAGGUGUCGAACAAACAAUACAGCAGUCGUAUAUAAGCUCGAGCAAUGGUCUGUCUCCGUCUGAGAAGUCUGUAUUGAGACUGCCUUUUUGUUCUUCGGGUAGAUAGCAGGAGACACGUGUGCGGCUCAUAACGGG